AUGGCGCCCGUAAAGACAACUCCACACAAAUCCGGUGGUCACCAGCGCUACGUACCCGAGAAGGCGAAGAACCCUGCGCGCUUUCAACCCGAACUCGAAGGCGGCGACGAUGCAGAUGUUGGCGCACUGCAGCCGGUGAAGGAACCACAAGAAGACGACUUUGAAGGCUUCGGCACAGAGGAGGAGACUGGGGAAGAUGGCGCUCAGGAUGAAGACAGCGAUGCAGAGAGCAUAGAUAUCCAGACGGAGCCAAAACGGGAAAAGCCUGUCUUGCCCAAGGACGCUGAGGAAGAGGAGCUGGAGCGCAUGAUUUUCGGCGACUCGGAAGGUUUCCGUCAAGGGCUGGAGAAUUUCUCCCUCGAUCCCACCGCCGGCGCAUACGGAGAUUCAUCAGACGAGUCUGGAGCAGAGGCGGCCGACCUGGAGGAUGUGGCAGAUCAAGAUCUAUUCUUCUUCGAUGCUGGUCCAGUUCCUGCGCCGGCAGGCUCGGUAGCCGCAAAGGUAGCCGAGUCGGACGAGGAUGACGGCAAACCUGCCUGGGAAGACAGCGACGACGAAAGACUGGUUGUUAGUCUGGCCUCGGUGCCACAAUUGAGGAAGUUGCGUGAAACGGCAGACGACGACAUGGUCAAUGGCAAGGAAUACGCGCGGCGGUUACGGAAGCAGUACGAGAGGCUAUACCCCACCCCAGACUGGGCGGCACACGCGACAGGCAAGGCCAACAAGAAGCGGCGACGGACCAUGGAUGACGACGAGAGCGGCGACGAGUCUGCCAGCGACAUGGACGUGGAUGAAGACGAUCUCACUACGCAGCCACUAGCUCUGCUGCUCAAGGAUGCGGAUAUUCUCUCACGCACUUCAAGGAGCAUGGCGAAGCGAAGGAAGUUGCAAGCAGGCACCAUCGACAUCCAACGAUUGAAAGAUGUCGCCAAGGCCGGGCCGUCGGCCGUCACCUCCCUCUCCUUCCAUCCUGCGUAUCCACUCCUCCUCUCAUCUGGCCCAAGCUCAACGCUCUACCUUCACCACGUCAACCCCAACCCGCCGAAUCCGAACCCUCUUCUUACGUCUCUGCACAUCAAGCGCACCCCGCUGGCAACAACAGCAUUCCAUCCCUCCCCUUCGGACUCGCGCAUCUUCCUCAGCGCACGGCGCCGCUACUUCCAUGUCUGGAACAUCGCAACGGGCAGAGUUGAGAAGGUGUCGCGUGUCUACGGCCAUCAGCACGAACAGCGGACAAUGGAGUUUUUCUCUCUGUCACCCAACGGCAAAUACAUGGCUCUCAGAGGCUCUUCAAGAAAGGGUGGUGGUGUUGUCAACAUUCUAGAUGCAAGAACUCUUCAAUGGGCGACACAGGUGCGCAUCGAGUCAAGAGGCGGAAUCGCAGACUUCGCGUGGUGGGGUGAUGGCAGCGGUAUGAGCAUUGCGGGAAAGAACGGAGAGGUGACUGAGUGGAGCGUCCAAGAGGGUGUCGUUGGACGAUGGAACGACGAGGGCGCCGUGGGCACUACAACCAUCGCACUUGGCGGUAAGAGCGGGCGCGAAAGCUGGCUGGGUGGUGAUCGAUGGGUGGCCAUUGGAAGCUCAAGUGGCGUGGUCAAUGUCUACGACCGGCGAGCAUGGAACGAGAGGGACCCGUCAGUCGACAGCACGAAAGCCGACUCAAAUGGUGGUAUCCCAAAGGCACCGAAGCCGUUGCGCGAUUUGCAGAAUCUGACGACGCCCAUCUCGCAUCUCGCCUUCACAGCGGACGGCCAAGUCCUUGCCAUGGCGAGUCGCUGGAAGAACAAUGCCAUGAGGCUUGUGCAUCUGCCAUCAGCUACUGUUUUCAAGAACUGGCCUACAGAAAAGACGCCACUUGGCAGAAUCACAGCAGUUGCGUGGGGAAGGCCGACCGAAGAAGAGGAGAAAGAAGGCAGCCUCGCGCAACUAGCAGUUGCCAAUGAAGCUGGACAUAUCAGGAUGUGGGAGAUAAGAGCGUAA